UCUCUAGUGUUUGAUAUAUCUUCUCAAUCGAGACAAAAAAUAAGGAGUAAACGGAGAAGUAAAAUCGUCAAAAGCUAUGCUAAUUAAGGCCGGGUAUCCAAACUCGGUUGUGAUCACCCCUCUUUGUUUUAACUUGAUGAGUUAUUAAUGAGUUUGAGGAGCCGGAAACUUGAAAAAGUGUCAUCGAAACCCAAGCUUGAUCAUUUUUCAAACCAGCUGGUGUGGUGAUAUUAGGGAUAAGGUUGACGAACGAUUUUUUUUUUUACAACAAAAAUAAUAUCGUUGUUCAAUGGUUACUGCAGCACUUCUGUGACGCACAGCCAUACAGAAGUCUGUAAAUUAGACUUGUAACGUUUUUUUUUUUCCAUUGCAUAUUUUGCUACAGUUUCUAGCCCAGUCACUGUCAGUUUAUAAGAACUGAAGCAACACCGAAAGUCUGAAGAAGGAUCAAAGAACGCUGAGGUAAACAGCCAUCUCACUUGAUCAACGAGAUACAGUUCAUCAAUGGGGUGUGCACCCUCUCGUCGCUCAAAGACCACAGUGGUUUAUCAUCGUGCCUCCAGCGUAACAUGCAACAAAGUUUCGGUCGCAGUUUCUAAUGAAAACAAAACCAUCUUGUGCGAAUCUUGGAAACUUCUGGAACAAAACAAGACCACUACGGGAAAGCGAGUGUUUACAAGACUUCUUCAGUUAAAUCCAAAUCUACAAGACACAUUUCCUUCAUUUAGAGGCGUCGCCCUUGAGGACCUGAUGAACUCUCGUUCGUUGUUUUUACACUCCAAGCGUUUAAUGGCCGUGGUCGAAAACGCUGUUUCUUCGUUGAACGACGCACAAGAGUUUAUUGAACAUCUUACGAGACUUGGAGAAAGACAUCUCGCUAUGUCUGUUACUGAAAAGCAUUUAAAGGUCAUGGAAGAAGCUUUCAUCCUCACAUUAACGGACAUUCUCGAUGAAGGCUGUGAUGAAAAAGUCACUAAGGCUUGGCGAGAAUUGUUUGGAUUUAUGGCCGGGACCAUGUUGAAAGGACUGGGACUGAGCGAUGGUACCAAGCAUUGUGAACAUAACUUACCACCGGUUGGAUAAGCACAGAUCAGCUUUUUGAGAAAGACAGAAAAUUCGUAGAAAAUAAACCAUAUUUAACUGUUUACUAAUGAGAAACAUCUAAUUUACUUAACUUUAGACCAGGACUUGCGUUAACGUGAUUAUAAAAACUUUUCAGCACGGAAACAAUCCCCUAACAAUUAUUCGACUUUUUUGAUAUCCUGGUAUAACCUGGAGCGAGGUAAGGAAUUGAAGGCUUUCGCUGAUAACAUUCUUAUUUCCCCUUCAUUAUUCUGACGUAUCGCAAGAACAUAAUCACUACGCUUAUUGUUGCGUAUAUUGACGCGGCGCGUCCUCACUACGUCGGAGAAAUUUAAAAACCAGCUUCAUUUCUACGGUUAGAUCUACCGUCCACACUAAUCGGUCACGAAAACUUAGGGUUAGUUUUCAAAACGCUCUUCAAACCGGAGGAAUUUGAAAACGCCGGCUUCGCGUUUUAUUUCAGUGUGGACGGAG